AUGCAGCCAUCUGAAAUGGUCAUGAACCCCAAACAAGUCUUCCUCUCAGUGCUGAUAUUUGGAGUAGCAGGGCUACUCCUCUUCAUGUAUUUGCAAGUCUGUAUUGAAGAACAACACACAGGGAGAGUGGAGCAGAAAAGAGAACAAAGAGCAGCUUCAGGAUGGGGGCCUGUAAAUUACUUGCAUCCUAUAGCCAGAAUCAGAGACACAGAAAAAAUCCAGGACCAUAUCACCAACCAGAACCCCAAGUCCCACAUGUCCAAGGAUCCCAAGAAUAAAGAGGAAAAUCUACUCAACUCUGAGAGGCCUACUAGGGUCUUCACAGAGAACAACCACUCCCAAGGAGAGGCUCAAGUUUUGAGUAGGAUCACAGGGUCACCAACAAUUCAGUUGAUUGAAAAACAUCAAGGGACUAAGACCCUUUUCAGGAAGUUCAGCGAAAUGAAUUGGCCGGUGGAUAUUCGCCCUUUAAACAAAAGCUUAGUCACAGAUAGCAAAUGGAAGAGAAUUGAUGCAACUCAAGAAAAACGCAGGUCUUUCCUUCAGGAAUUUUGCAAGAAGUUCGGUGGGGUGAGUCGUCCUCAAUCCCAUCUUUUUCACAUGGUCUCCAGGAUCUAUGUAGAAGAUAAACACAAAAUUUUAUACUGCGAAGUACCAAAGGCUGGCUGUUCCAACUGGAAGAGAAUUCUGAUGGUACUCAACGGAUUGGCCCCCUCCGCGUACAACAUCUCCCAUGAUGCUGUUCACUACGGGAAGCAUUUGAAAAAGCUCGACAGCUUUGACUUAAAAGGGAUUUAUACUCGUUUAAAUACCUACACCAAAGCUGUGUUUGUUCGUGAUCCCAUGGAAAGAUUAGUGUCUGCAUUUAGGGACAAAUUUGAACACCCCAAUAGUUAUUACCAUCCUGUAUUUGGAAAGGCAAUUAUAAAGAAAUAUCGGCCGAAUGCCUGUGAAGAAGAAUUAAAUAAUGGAUCUGGCGUCAAAUUCAAAGAGUUCAUCCACUAUUUGCUGGAUUCCCACCGUCCAGUAGGAAUGGACAUUCACUGGGAAAAGAUCAGCAAACUCUGCUAUCCAUGUUUGAUCCACUAUGAUUUUGUAGGAAAAUUUGAAACUUUAGAAGAAGAUGCCAAUUACUUUUUACAGCUGAUUGGAGCUCCAAAAAAGCUGAAAUUUCCCAACUUUAAGGAUAGGCACUCUUCUGAUAAAAGAACCAAUGCUCAGGUGGUGAGACAGUAUUUAAAGGAUCUGACUAGAACUGAGAGACAAUUAAUCUAUGACUUUUAUUACUUGGAUUAUUUGAUGUUUAAUUAUACAACUCCAUUUUUGUAG